UGUGCAGACUCCCUAAUCCCUUCUGCGUUUUUAUCUAUCAACAGACCCGACGUUGUUUUUGUUUCUUAAAAGCCUCUGAUUCUGCUAGUAUCUCUUCAUACCAAAACACUUCUGCUAAUAGAAAAAAAAUGUCAGCUCUGUGUCCAGUCUGCAACCUAACUCUUCCUCUUCCCCAAAUUGAAAGCCAUGUGAAUUCCCACUUCGAAGACGAAGAAAUCGAUCCACAGAUCGCUAGUGACCACUACUUGGCUCUGCAACUCGCCUCUGAUCAUUCUUCAACCCUAAAGGAACCUGACAACGUAGCCAAGAGGAGCCCAUUCUACAGAAUAGGAAACGGUGGUUUGAUUUGUUUGCUAAAGAACUGUAUGUUGGAGUCAAAGUCCAAACCUUUGGAGUCUAGCACGAGUUUACUAUCAGGCUACGUCGAUCAUUUCCAAUCCUCCAAGGAGGAUAAAGGAUGGGGAUGCGGAUGGAGGAACAUCCAGAUGCAAUGCUCUCACUUGCUUUCUCGCAGAGACCAAGAUGAUGUUAAAAGAGUUCUCUUCGGUGGCUCUAACUUCGUUCCCGACAUCCCCUCGCUUCAGCGGUGGCUAGAGCUGGCUUGGAGCAGUGGGUUUGACGUCUCCGGAGGUUUGCAUUUCGAUAAGCGUAUCUACGGUUGUAAGAAAUGGAUUGGGACUACUGAAUGUGCUGCGCUGUUGCGUUCAUUCGGGUUGAGAGCUAGAGUUGUUGAUUUUGCUCCGGAGAAGUCUAAGUCGAUGUAUCUUUCGGUUCCUGGCUCUGCUGUUGCGCCUAGGAGGAGGGGGUAUGGUCCUAUGGAUAGAUACGUGGUUAAAAAGGGUGAGAGUGGGAAGGGGAAAGGAGUUGACUCUCAUGGUGGUUCUAGCUCUUCUAGGAUCAGCAGCAAAGGAGCGGUUUUGAUGGAGUGGGUUUGGAAUUACUUUUCGAACAACAGGUUGGAUGUUUCCUCUGGUGUUCAUAUCACGAACAAAGGUCCUUUGUAUUUCCAACAUGAAGGGCACUCGAGAACUAUCGUUGGGAUUCAGAGACGGUUGCAAGGAACUACAUUUACUCCUCAGUACAAUCUCCUGAUUCUGGACCCUGCUGAUUUUACUAGAGGUAUAGAGAAAGCGCUUCUAGAUAAGAGAGGGUGGGAGGGAUAUCUUAAAAGAGGAGCCCACACACUGACUUGUCCCGAGUAUCAGAUGUUGUACGUUGAUAAUGGGAUUGCUACUGGCGAGGAGUUGGAGCAGCUCAAGACCAUUGAUAGUCAGUUUGUUCAAUUCUAAUGGCUUGAAGAAUGAUUAUUAGAGGAAUCUUAAGUUAGUUGCAAUUUGUACCUUGGUAUCAUGUAUAACAUUUUUUUAUGAAGGGAAUCAUGAACUAGUUGUAACU